ACCAGAACACACACGGAUGGUACCAGAGAUGACGCUGGAGCUGGUCAGUCGGCGGGUCAUUCAUCUGGGAUGUGACGGACCACUGUCAGGAAUGCAUGUGAGACUCGAACCGCCUGUUGCUCCAUGUCCCGACUGCUUGCUCCGCUCCAUCUCGUUGCACAGUGAGACGCGCGUCGGCUUUUAUUCAUGCGUUUGUGAGCGUCAUUCAUCGAAUUCAUUCGUCUGCGCUCCUCAUCGUCAGUUCGAAUGUAAUCCAGAUGGUUUUGGUUCGCGUGUCACUGAUUCACGUAGGCCUGCUGUCAUUAGUCCGUGAACAGGCAGAAGGUGACGAACGUGUUUAGUGACGGCUCGAAGCGGGUAAGUUGUCAGCAGCUCCUCUCUCGAUGGCGACCGUUGCCACACGCAGACUCACACCUGAUCGGAAAAGUUGCUAUUGCUAUGGCAACGGCGAUGGGUGUGUUUCAGAGCCGUUUUCAGAACGUGCUACAAGCACGAUAUGUAUUCGACAAUAUAUUUAUGCAUUCAAUCAGAUGGUCUUCUGGAGAUGCGCUUUCGUUGAAACAGCAUACAGAGCUUGUUCUCUCUGGAGAGACCUUUUGUCAUGCUGUUUUAAAAAUGCAUUUGUAAAUGAAUGUUCCUAAGAUGGACUUGCUGAAUGAAAAGCUGCACACUGGUGUACUGAAGCACAACGUUGCCGUUCAGAAGCCAACACUGGUUUCCAUGAACUAGAAUCACAGGUGGCCUCACACGAACGUGGAAUGAAUUUCCACACUCCGGUUGACCUGGGCUGAUCUGCUGCCAUUUCUCCUCGCCACCGUCGCACUCAAGCGUGCACACACAGUUGGACCUAGCAAGUACAGUAUACCUUGAACCUCACUACAGUUCAGUGGUUUGUUUACAGCUUGCACUUUUAGCCUGUCUCACUACCCGUGACUUGCACACCCUACGCCUGCUGGAGCUUCCAUUUUAUACUAAGCCAGAGGCGGUAUGUUCAAUAUUUAGAUGUGUUUUUAUUUGGGUAAAAUAUGCUUCUUGGUUUGCAGCCCAUUUGGUCUAUUUCAACAAAAACCCCCAAAGCAUCUGCUGCCUUCUGCAGUGAAUGUGUAGGAGUCCAGGGGGAUGUGUCACUCCACCUACUGAGUGUAUCUUUAGCUGGACAUGGUGUUUCACAGAGCUCCAGCAAAAACAAUGGCCCUGCCAUGCCAGAACCUGCCAAGACUCCGGGAACUUCAGCAGAACACCAGUCAUAAGUUUCCCCUGACGGGAUGCUGCUAACAGCUAUUCAGGAUGAAACUACUAGACUUGUGGCUGUCACGUUCCAUCCCGAUGUGCCUGCUUCUCCAGAGCCUCGUCCUCAUGGCUCUAUGCUUCCCCUCUGCCAGCAUGUGUCCCAAAGGCUGCAUCUGUCAGCGAGACCUCCACCUGCAUGGCCUCAACAUCACCUGCAGCCAGUCCCGUCUUAAAGAAAUCCCACCCAGCCUUCCCUUCGACACUGUUCUGCUCAGGCUGGACCACAACCAGAUUGGUGCCGUGCCUGACCAGGUCUUCAGCAAACUCAGAAUCCUUCGAGAGUUGAACCUCUCCUACAACGCAAUGGAGACUUUGGGUGAGGGCGCCUUUAGUGGGAUCGAGGCCACGUUACAGGUCCUGGACCUGUCUCACAACCGCAUAACCAGCGUGCAUAAGGAUGCAUUCGCUCGGCUCAGUGCGCGCAUCAUUGUGGACAAUAAUCCCUGGCACUGUGACUGCGCUCUGCAGCAGGCAAUUGGCGGAAUGGCACACAACCAUGAGGCAGCAGCUCGGGUUCUCUGCAGGAGCUCUGAACUUCUGCAGCAGGAAGGACGGCCAUUCCUGGCUGUAGACGCUGACCUGUGUAACCUGACGAGAAGGACUACAGACUAUGCUAUGCUUGUCACCAUGUUCGGCUGGUUUGCAAUGGUCAUUUCAUAUGUGGUGUACUAUGUCCGUCAGAACCAGGAGGAUGCCAGGCGGCACCUGGAGUACCUCAAAUCUCUUCCAAGCAAACACAAGAAAUCAGAUGAUUCUGACGACAUCAGCACUGUCGUCUGAUUGUUCGAAAUGGAGUCACAGGAUUGUAGGUUUGUAUUUUCAUACUUUUCUGCGUGACUGACGUAUGACGUGAUAAAUGAAUGUUCUGUGGGUCCAAAGUCCAGGAGCACCUGUUCUCGUUGUACAGCAUCAGUUCAUUCAGCAUUGCCAUCGUGAAACGUCCAGAAUGUUUUCAUGUUUACGGUUCUCUUACAAGCCAAAGAAUUAGUAGAACAAGUGGUUUUGACAGAAGGUGAGUCUUGAAUUGGCUCUGAUUUACCCAUCAAUGUCGGAGGAUUGUGAAAAUGAAAAUGGUGAAUGAAAAUGACAGAGAAAUCCUGGGGACAUUUUUAAUGAACCUUGAGUUGUAAGUUGGUUGUAGGUCCUUACCAUGAGGUUCGACACAGUUUGGAGUGAACCUGUUCUGUCCUCUUGGGUAUGUUUCCUCCCACUGUCCAUGAAUGUUUAUCUCUAAAGCACAACAUGACUCUCAAGUUUACAAGGUUUGAAGUUUACAGGAGUUAAUAUUAAAGUCCUUGUAGUAGGUGGUGAAUAGAAUAGAUUCAGUCCAUUCUGUUGGAGUCGUCGUGAUUGUCUAGGCAGAGGUUAUGGUAAUGCACUUAGAUGGUCAUCUACAUUUAGCUUGGCAUUUAUACAGGGACUAUCACAGAAAACAAAGAAACAAAAAGACAAAGCUAUGGAAGAAAGACGCACAGAACUACUGCGUAUACAGUCACCAUUUAAGACAAGACGUUUCACAUUUCUCAGUCUGCGUCCGAAGGCAGGUCUUUCCAUCACAUAUACAUUCCGCACAGUGUUGACGUGUCUUGUUGGUGGGUGUUUAUUGUGCCAUAUAAGGCUAUACAGUGCAAUUUCAUCUAAUCUCCACUCUAGUAUCAAUGACCAAUAUUAUUUCUUACAAAUAUGUUUUGAGCAUUCCCAGAAUAUAUGGGAACAGUCGGCAUCUAUGUUUUCAAUCUUUUUUGGUAAAACAGAGCAAAUAGAUUUGAUUGAGCAGAGUUUUAUUCAAAGCAGCGCCGUAUAUUCACAAAGCACACAAAACUCCAGUCCUCAGCCACCAGUAAGGCUCUGGAUAUACCUGGCAUGCUGAGCAGUUAUACAGUACCUGAAUAGCAACUACAUUGCACGUCACAGUGCUCAUUUAGUGGCCCAUUAAAGUGCACGGCGAUAUAAGUAACAUUUCAUAAAUACUCACUCAAGUCAGCAAAAAAAAAAACAAGGUACACUCAUUUUACACAAGUAGUGCCAACUAUUUAUUCUUUAUUCUUCUGUUCAGUUUUGUGAUCCGAACAGAAAUGAAGUCCAGUUUGUCUUUUCUCGCUUGAGAGGGAUCUCUAAUGUAAAAACACAGUUUUUAAAUGUUGUGACUAGAUGAAAGGAGAUCCACACUUGCUAAAUUACAUUUCCCAAGUCGUCUAUCAUGUGUAACAUCCAAAAUUAUUGUGAGAUAUUGUUGAUGGAGAUAAAUAUUGACCCAUGUCACUGUCGUUGUUGACUGUGUACAGAUUCUUAGCAACUGUGCUGUCAUUUUGGUGGAUGUUCUCAUGGUAGUAAUAAUGUUGGUGUUCUGAAAUCGUCAUAGACAGGCAAUGUUGAGAUUUGUCGCUGAAAAUUACGGUCCACCUCUGUGAUCAUAGUCCAUCCAUGAGGUUAACUGGUCUGGUGGUCUUUCUCAAUGGAAAAUGUUUUUAAGUGCCUGAAUAUUUCCCUCAGUAUCUUCCACUCCUCCCCGACUCUUCCAGAUGCAUUCAUAAGUCAGCCAAAUUGAGAAGAUCAUGUAAAGCAUAGUUCUUCAAAUUUGGCACACGCUCAAAAUAAAAAAUGCUGUGACUAUGACUUGUUGACAUCAGAAAGCAGCCAUAGAACCAUAGAAAUCUCACAAUCUUCCCAUUGGGCUGGCUUCAUUACACUGAUGUUGUUGGCAAGUUCGCAUUUGCGAUGUAAGUUCCUUGUGUGUGCUUGCAGGUUUUCCAUUGAUUUCGUUUCAGCCAUGAGGAAUGUUAAUCCAUGGAACACAUUAGAUCAAUGAAAACAUUUACGGGAUAAACUUAAACCUCCAGGAACAGACAGUCAAAACUUCCCCUUUGCCAGUGGACACCUUGUCAUACCCUAAAUGGUUCAACUGCAGCAGUUAUGUGGAUAAUGAAAACAUGCCCAGCUUGAAUUGGCCUGUCAUUGGUGUCAGUGAAGACAAAUCCUGAAAAUUAACUGUGUUGAGCAAAACAACAUUGUACAGGGUAUCUGUGAAGUCUAGACACACAGGUCAGAAUACAGCUACGAACAACAUCUUUAGUAUGAAUACAUCUCUUUUUUCAAAGAGCAAAUUUCUUUGUUGACAAAGCCAUGUUUAAUCUACGGAGGGGAAAAAAUUGUGGGUGUCUGUAAAGCCUGCGCAUUUAAUUCAACUGUGAAUUAAUAGAUAAAACAUGGCUUUGUCAGUGGAAGAAAGAGUUGAGCUGGUACUAUUCAUUGUAUUCAUAUUAAAUUGUCUGAAGUUGCAUGUUUACCUAUAUACCCAGACUCUGCAGACACCCAGGGGAUGUACCAGAUUUCCUUGUUUCAGUUUCAUUAUGGGAAUGGCGCAACUGCAUGACCAGGAGAAAAUGUAAUAAAUGACAU